UACUCCUGCUAAACAUUGUUUUGAUCGUCGUUCCCUCCCAAACUGACAAAUGUUUUCAUUCUCCUGUCAAAGUUGUUGAGUGUGUCAGCAAUUUGUAACUGAAAUACACCUUUGCUAUAAUCCAACAAUCGAUUGCUCCAAAACCACACUUCUUGAAUAUAGGACUCUUCUAUUCAAGAAACCUUAUUAGGGAAAAAAACAAAACUCUCUUUUUUCUUUAACCCCAUUUCUCUCUUCAAUGGUUCGUGUUUCCACCUUUCUCUUGAACAAGUAAUUCAAGUUUGUGCUAUAAAUGGGAAAGAGGAAGGGCAAAGAGAUUGUGAACAAAGAAGAAUUAGCUGAAGAUUGGUGCUUUGAAUGUAAAGAUGGAGGAGAGCUUAUGAUUUGUGAUUAUAAGAAGUGUUUGAAAGCUUAUCACCCUAAAUGUGCGGGGAGAGAUGACUCAGAGACAAGUGAUAAACGUUUUAUAUGUGGAUGGCAUACCUGCUUAGUUUGCAACAAAACUUCAAACUAUCACUGUUAUUGUUGUGUUAAUGCUGUAUGCUCUCGCUGCAUUGGUCGUUCCCUUUUUGUCCUUGUUAAAGGGAAGUUUGGAUUCUGCAAUCACUGCCUAAAGCUCGCAUUGCUCGUGGAAGAAGACAGGGAUAUUGAUUCUGAAGGGGAAAGCGUAGACCUCAAGAACCGGGAAACAUAUGAGGGCCUUUACAGGGAGUAUUACGAGAUAGUAAAGGAAAAAGAAGGAUUUGACAAAAAUAGUCUUCUUGCGGCUAAUGUUCGACUAGAAAAGGAGAAGAAGGGUCAAAUUAGUUCUGAUUCAGAUAAAUAUAGUGAAGAAGGUAAUGAAUGCAGUGAAGAAGAGGAUGAGCAGCUAUCUUCGGACAAUGGGGAUUUCAGUGAUGGAGAACCUAAGAAGAAAAGACUUAAAAAGAAAAGAUGUACACAGCAAAAAACAAAGAUGCAAAGAAGAGUCAAGUCAAAGAGAAAAGAAUUUGUUGGAUGGGGAUCAAAAGCUCUAAUUGACUUUCUUCAGUCUAUUGGUCAAGAUACCAGAGAAAAAUUAUCCCAAUAUGAUGUGACCUCGAUAAUAACUAAAUAUGUAAAAGAACAUAAGCUUAUCCAUCCAGCUAAAAAGAAAAAGAUCCUUUGUGAUGUUCGGUUACAAGCUGUUUUUGGGAAGAAACAGAUAAACAGGCACAGAUUAUUUAGCCUUCUUGAAAGCCAUUUUGUUGAAAAUGAGGAGCGAUUACAAAAGAAUGAGCUUGAUGAUGAUUCUGAAGACGGUGAUACAGAAAUGUUGGUGGCUCCUAAAACGGAGAAAAUGGCUGAACAAAAAAAGAUAUCUUCAUUUAAUUAUUAUUCAACUGCAACUCAAAGUCAAUUUGCAGCCUUGAUUCCUGAAAAUAUCAAACUCGUUUACCUGAAGAGGAGCUUGGUGCAGGAUAUGAUCAAGCAGCCUGAGUCAAUUGAUACCAAGAUUAUAGGAAGUUUCGUUCGGGUGAAGUUAGAUCGGUGUGAUUAUGAGCAGCGUAACUCUCAUCAGCUUAUGCAAAUUACAGGGAUCAAGCCCGGGUCAAGUGAUAAGUGCAAUAGCGAGAGUUUAAUUCAAGUUUCAAAUAUGGCCAGAGAUGUUUGCUUCGCCAUGCUUUCUGAUGAUGAGUUUUCUAAGGAAGAAUGUGAUGAUUUGAGAGAGAAGGUGAAAGCGGGCCUACUUAAAAAGCUUACAAUUGUGGAGCUUGAACAGAAGGCUAAAAUCCUUCAUGAGGACAUCACAAAGCAUAGGAUUGCUCGAGAGCUGGAAUUGACGCAGACAAAGAUUGAUCGGGCAAAUGAGAAAGGAUGGAGACAGGAGGUUUUCCAGCUUUUGGAGAAAAAAAAGCUCCUACGGCAACCUAUGUACCUGUCAUUUAUGCUGCAGAAUAUUCCCGGAGUGGUUCCUGAGGAAGUAGAGCUUGAACCUCUGGCUAAGGACGGGAUGAAUGUCAAUCAGAUGCAGCAAUGCUCAGAUGAGACUACCUGUGCAAAGCAGAAUAUUCCCGGAGUGAUUCCCAAGACAGUAAAGCUUGGACCUCUGGCUAAGGACGAAAGGGAUGGCAAUAAGAUGCAUCAAUGCGCAAAUGAGACAACUCCUACUGGAGUUGUCAAAUGUGAACCGGAAGAUUGAGCAACUUGCUCAGGAAAACUUUAAUAGCUCGUCCAUAAUGGAGGGAAGAUGUGUCUUAUCAGUUGCAGGUCUUACCUAGGUAUUCUGAUUUUAGUUGCUACAAAGGUUAUUUAGUUCUAGCUUUAUUAUCUAUGUUACAACCGGUUAAACUUUUUCCGGACCGCUCUAGUUGUUAUAAGGAAAACGUAGGAGGAGACAUUUUGAAGUUGCAUUUGCUUUUAGCCUUUAUCAUGAUUCAUGACAAUGGAUCAAGUAUAUGGUGUAUUCUUUUCAACUUAAUGCAACUGAUCUCCGUUUUCCAGAA